UGAGCCAGCAGCAGAGGUGGGGAGCUGCACACACACACACACACACGCUCUGACUGGCUCUCUAAAUCCACAUUGCUAUCACCACUGGAUCCUUUGCAGGCACUGCCUCUGGGGCUGGGAGAUACACACACACACACACACACACACAGAGGACUGUCAUGCUGUCAGAUACACGCCAACAGCACAGCAGCUGAACCCAGCAAGGGCAGCCGGCUGAGGAUUUGCUGUGCUACUUCCAAGCAAGAGGCAGAAGGAGGGGAAGGAGAGGCGUUUUGCAGCGAGAAAGGGCAGGGGAGCAGUUAUCUGGGCUCCUGGGGCUUGUUGUUGUUAUCGUUCUCGGCUUGUUUUUCGGGCUGGGAAACCAUGCAGGAUUCCUGGAAGAGGCUUCUAUAGCCCCAGCUGGGUGAGUCGAGAGGUCUGCCGUGCGAUCUCAUUGAGCUCGUACUUGACCCUGCCAUGGCUCGGCAGGCGUGAGGGGCGGGAGGGCACAUUCCAGGCAGAUGCUGUUCCACUCUGGUGCCAGUGCCCAGGACUAACCCAACCUGCAGCAAGCGAGUGUGCAGAACCGGCAGGGACUGGAGUUCAGCUGAGGGAGCAUCUGACCCACAGCCCAGCCUAGGAGCCCAAAGGGAUGUGGAAACACAGAAUCACUGGACUCUGUGGAUGACCCAGCCCUUCCCGCAGGCGACGGAAUGGAAAGGUUACAGAAGCAAUCUUUGACCUCCCCUGGGAGCGUCUGUUCCUCCCGCGGGUCCAGCGUCCCAGGAUCGCCCUCCAGCAUUGUGGCCAGAAUGGACAAUGAGGUUCUGGGCUACAAGGACCUGGCGGCCAUUCCCAAGGACAAGGCGAUCCUGGACAUCGAGCGCCCUGACUUAAUGAUCUAUGAGCCCCAUUUCACCUACUCCCUCAUGGAGCACGUGGACUUGCCGAGGAGCCGAGAGCGGUCCCUGUCCCCCAAAUCCAUCUCUCCUCCUCCUUCUCCAGAAGUCAUCCGGGACGGGAUGGAAAACAAGUCCCUCGGAAGUGCCUCCCAGGCAGCUAGUCGCCGGACCAGCAGCACAGCCUGGAGCGGAAUGCACCACUUCCACCGACCUGAUACCAACACCAUGGAUCUGAACAUAUACAAGAAGCCACCAAUCUACAAGCAGAGAGAGCCCUCAAUGGGAGCCCCACAGAGCAAGCACAUGAUAGAAGACCAGAUCAUUGAGUGCUCCAAGUUCCCAGCAGCCCAGGCCCCGGACCCCAACCAGCCAGCCAAGAUCGAGACAGAUUAUUGGCCCUGCCCUCCCUCCCUGGCAGUCGUAGAGAAGGAGUGGAGGCAGCGGAUGGCCUCCAAGAAAGGCAUGGAAGAAGAAGAGGAUCUCACAGAGGAAAUGACUAACCUGCGUGAACUACAGAAACAGGAGCUGAGUAAGGUCACCUCAAACCUCGGGAAGCUGAUCCUGAAGGAGGAGAUGGAGAAAUCUCUCCCCAUCCGGAGGAAAACCCGCUCGCUCCCAGACCGGACGCCCUUCCACACCAGUGCGUGGGGCCAGGCAGUGACCCAGACAUGCCCUCCUCUCCUCUUCCCCCUCUCUGAUGCUGAGACCCUCCCCCCAGGCAUUUCCUGGCAUUCACGGGAGCAGCAUCCAUUUUACCUGCAAGCUGAAGCCCAUCACCCUGGUGUUUGUUCCUUUGUGGGAGGUGGUGGGGAUUCCUGCGUGGGAAGCCCUGUGUGCCCACCCAAGACUGACUGGGGGUUUUGCUGUCUGCAGAAUGGCCAGCGGGGGAGGAUGGACAGAGGGAACUCCCUGCCCAGCAUGCUGGAGCAGAAGAUUUACCCCUAUGAGGUGCUGAAGGUGACGUACAGGGGUCGUGUGAAACUGCUUCCGGGAGUGGACAGAACAAGGCUAGAGAGGCACCUGUCCCCAGAGGAUUUCCUGCGUGUCUUCAAGAUGUCCCUGGAGGAGUUCAGCAAGCUGGCCCUGUGGAAGCGGAACGAGCUGAAGAAGAAAGCUUUACUGUUCUGAGCCGUGUGCCCAGCCUGAGCCAACCCUAGCCGUGAUCUCAGUUAGUGUCAAACACAAUCUCGCAUCACAGCUGCUUUAGGGCUACUGAGCCAGUUUUAACACCUGCCUCCCUUCCCCGAAGCCCCUCAGGCACGUUGAUCCCUCAUUCCCAGUUUUGCCUCUCCCUAGGGGAUAUCGGAGAGCCUCUCCCUGCCCAAACCUUCCCCCUCACAGGCCCGGGGCGGGGGCUGCUGGCAACGCUGGUGGGCUGUUCAGUCUGGGUCAAACCUCUUUUAAUGGAGCCAGGGGAGGGAGAAUUGAACAAGUGGAGGGAGGAGCAAGCAGACCCUAGUCAGCCAAGGUCCCCGGGCUGGGUGAUGUGUAGGGGCUUCUUGGGGGCAGGGCAUCAGUGUCUCUCUUUGCCUGUUGGGGUCGCGGCUGGUUCAGCCAGGAUGGGAGCCAUAGCUCCUGGAGGGGACUCUGGCAGGGCCCCUGGCUGGACAGAACAGGGACACACCAUACUGUUCGGUUGCUGGACGCAUGUUGGUUUAGGUGUAAGGGAAGUCAGGGCUGCUUCUACCUUGCUGCUGGGCCCUGACUGGCUCCCCCGCUUCAGGACCCUGCUCCCAGCCUUACUGCUCCUCUCGGGGCCAGCUUCCCACCCUGUCAACACUGGGUAGGGCACAUGUAUAUAUCUGAAUAGCUGUAACUCUGACGUGGGCCACAGGGGCUGCUGGGUGUCGCCGUGGCUGCGUUUCUGAGUGGCCGGUCACUAAUGGGGUUGCCAUUUGCCUAGAGUAGGCUCCAAAGAGCCAUGAUCUUCAUUAGCAGCCACUCCCCAUGGACCCACCUGCAGGCGGGGUCCCAUCCUCAUAAUCAAACGCCCUUCGUUGGAGCUGGGAGGGGGCACAAGAAGCUCUCGCUGGAGAAAACUGGAGAAUCAGAACCAACCCUUCUGAGGUCAUCUCUGUCUCACUCUCGCUCGCUCCUGGCCUCCCCCUCCUCUCCCCACUCCCACCAUCCCUCCCCCUAAAUUCAAUCCCUAGGUGGACAUGACUGAGCACCUCCCAAGUUCUCAACCCAAGGGCCCAGGCUCUCAAACCACAGAACUCCCCAUUAAGGCUACAGCCCCCACUCCUUGCAGCUGCCUCUGGGGGAGGGUUGCUCUUAGCUCGAUUGUUUCAUGCCUCAGUAGUUGAUGAUUUUGCUCCUGCCCCUUUGUGGAGCCUCAGUCAAAGCCCAGCGGCCGCCCCGCCAAGCCCAAGGCCUUUCCCCAGGUUUGGCAGAGGAGUUUGCCUGAGCAGUGAGAGACUCAGGGCUUGAGGCUGGAGGGGAGCCUAGAGGCAGCUCAUCACGUUCUCUCCAGCCUGGCAUGCGAUCUCUGGCAGCCAUCUCACUCUGUCCUCCUCAGGCCUCCCGGCUAUGAUUUCCCUCUCCACGUGUACCCCGUGGGGUGCAAUUAGGGUGACCAGACAGCAAGUGUGAAAAAUCGGGACAGGGGUGGGGGGUAAUAGAAGCCUAUACAAGAAAAAGACCCAAAAAUCGGGACUGUCCCUAUAAAAUCGGGACAUCUGGUCACCCUAGGUGCAAUAACCCUCUGCUGUGGAAACCACACCAUCAGUACACUGCCACAAACUGCAGGCUGUCCCCUGCUGACACGCCAGGUGAGGUCCGAUUUUGGCUUCCCAGACGCAGUGUGUAACCAACCAGGGCUCAGACAAGCCAGCUCUCGCUAUGCCCAAGGAUGGAACUUCAUCAGGCAGUGACAGUAUUUUAGAGCCGGUGCGGGUGAGGGGAUGCCUGUGUCAAUGCUAGGUGAAGGAGCAGAGAGGAUGUCAAGGCAGAGGGCUCUGUGCAGCUGCCUCAGUAGCUAGGAAGCCAGGCCCUGUGCAGUGACCAGCAGAGACUGAUGUGGUGCCGAUCCCUUGUGGACCUCGGCCUCAUCACCAGGCCCUGGAGUUUGGAAAUAAUCACCCAAGAUUGCUCUGCAUCCUGCACACAACCCCGCCCAAGCCCCGUUCCCCGCAUGCUUCAGAGCUGCCUACAAGGAGCAGUGUGUCCUGGAAAGGGCAGGAAACUUACCAGUAUCCUGGGGGGUUGUUCCACGCUAUGCUUCUUGUUUGCCAGAGGACAAGCUCGGCUUCCAGCCCAUCUGCACUCCCCACCUCAGAGCCAACUCUGAGAUCUCUCAACCAAGCAAAGAGUAAACAGCCGGGAGACUCCCCCUUCCUGAUAGGGUAUUGAUCAAAGGGGAUCCAAUGAGCCUAUGUUUGGAUCAGCUGGCCUGUCUCGGGCAGACCCUUACCCAGCAGAGCAGGAGCAUUAUAGAGAGGUGAGCCACGCUUUUCUCUGAAAUGUCAGCUGUUGGCAGGAUAUUGGCCUGGCAGCCCACUCCCGCACAUGGACGUCUGUGGGAGCUCCAUAUGUGGGGCACGUGCAGGACAGUCUAGUGGUCUGAUCACCCAUCCCAUCUGGGCUAAUAGCACCUUACAUGCCUCCAGGAACAAACCCAAGGAGCUAACAAUUUCCUUUGCUUUGGGGUAUUUUUAAAAGUCAAAAUAACCAGCGGUCGAAUAGGGGAACUGGCCCCCCAUUAGCCAAACGAUUUCCUGGUCUGCUGCUCCUUUCAGUCCCCCUCCUGGGUCCUUUUUCUACUGUGCACCACAUCUGCUCCACAGCGCUGGCCUGAGAGCGCUUUCCCUUUUCAACCACUGCCCCACCACUACACUCUGUCGGGAUGUAAAGAAUGUAAUUUAUUGGGAAAUCCCUGGCCCAUACUUGCCUUUCACUGCUACUUAUAUGACAUAUCUAUAAAUAUAUAUAUAUAAAUAUGGAUUUUUUUCUGAUUUGAA